AUUGGUAAUUCGCGCAAGAUGUUGCUAAUACUGUUGUGUUCCGUUGUGGUUCUUUCAGCAUCUGUACGGUGUACGCAAAAUAAUGGAAGCAUCGCCGCCCCGGCAGCCUUUGGUUACGAGUUAACCAUGAGUGGAAUGGAAGCAGUGAAUUACAACUUGCAGAGGUUACUCAUGGAAUCCAAGUCCAAUUAUGACUCACUCAGUGCAGAUAUUGAAGGACUCCAGAGAACGCUUGGGAAUACAGAACGCAUGGUGAUACAACAAGCAAGAAUUCUGGGUGAUCACGAAAUCCAAUUAAGAAAAAUCGGUAAAGCUGUUGAAUCUGUUGAUCAGGUUUUUCACCUACGAAACGAGUUGGAAAUGCUUUCGAACAACGCCACCCGACUGUUGAGUGAUACCAGCAAGAUCUAUCGGGUCCAGCAAACGCUUCCAACAACGGAAAUGAUGAAUUUUUAUAUCCUACAAUUGGUCGCCAACAAACUCAAUACAAGCGGAAUGAUGCCGCUGGAGCCUAUCAAUUUACCGAGGACAUGCGCCGAUGUGCCUGAACGGCGUUCAGGAGUCCGACGGAUCCAUCCACAACCGGGCUUCAAAAAUUCCUUCGAAGCGUACUGUGAUCAAGACUACGAAGGUGGCGGCUGGACGGUGAUUCAAAAACGUUACGAUGGGUCAGUCUUCUUCUACCGGGGAUGGAACGAAUACGAAAGCGGAUUUGGUGACUUGAACGGAGAGUUUUGGCUUGGGCUGAAGAAGAUCCACGAACUUACAUAUGCGAAACGUCACGAGCUGCAUGUUGUGUUAGAGGAUUUCGACGGGAUAGUGGCGGUAGCUAAAUAUAACCAUUUCCUGGUAGGCGGGCCAGAGGAGAAAUAUGCGCUGAAUAAGUUGGGGAACUAUACAGGAUCCGCCGGCGAUUCACUCAGUUAUGCGACGAGUUUGAAGUUCAGUACUCUGGAUUCGGACAAUGACACCCACAAGGAUGGAAAUUGUGCGGUUAUGUACCAAGGUGCAUGGUGGUAUGGUGCCUGUCAUGCAAGCAACCUAAAUGGGUUAUACAUGAGAGGAAACGUAUCAGAUUUUGCUACAAUGAUGUGUUGGAAGGAAUUCAGAGGAUACUACUAUGGGCUCAAAAGCUCCACGAUGAUGAUUCGAGCCGUCGUAUGAACGAAACAUCAUACAAUAGUUGUGGUGAACAAGGUGUUAUAAACAUAUUAUCUUAAAUAAAUAAUCAAAAAUAA